AUGGAUAAGCCCAAGGAAACAGACACUGAACGCAUCGAAAAGGCGAUCACACUCGAUGAGACGAUCGAUCAAGCCCUGGAUAAGCGUCUGAAUCGCAAAUUCGACCUCCGUAUUCUGCCUUGGUUGUUCGGGAUAUGGCUCUUCUCGUUCAUAGACCGCAGCAACAUCGGCAACGCAAGGAUAGCCGGCCUGUCCGAUGAACUUUCUAUCACAACCGGUACACGUUUUAACAUCGCUCUCCUCGUCUUCUACAUCCCGUACAUCCUGGUCGACGUACCGUCUAACCUACUCGUUAAGCGUUUGCGCGCCGGGAUAUACCUACCAGCUCUGAUCACGGCAUGGGGUCUAGUGUGCACGUUCAUGGGCUUCGUGCAGUCAUUUGCAGGGCUGGUGGCAUGUAGACUGUUGCUGGGAUUAUGUGAAGGAGGCAUUCUCGGUGGCGUGAUCAUCUACCUUGCGAUGUUCUAUAGGCGAGGCGAGAUGCUGCUGAGAAGCGGUCUCUUUUAUUGCGCCGCGCCUCUAUCUGGGGCUUUUGGUGGACUGCUCGCUUCGGGACUGGCAACCAUCGAGGUUGGGGGGUAUCGAAGAUGGCCAUGGAUCUUCUUUAUCGAGGGCGCAAUCACUGUUGUGUUCGGCAUUGUAUGCUUCUUCUUCAUGCCGGAUACCCCCGCCGCAGCAGGAUUCUUGAGUGAUGAAGAGAAGGAGUGGGCAUUGCGACGCAUGAGGCUUGAUGCAGGAGGAUCCACCGAAGUUGAUGUUGACGAUGAGAAGUUUAGUUGGUAUUGGGUCAAAAUGGCACUCAAAGCCCCGCAGACGUACCUUUCUGCCUUCAUCUGGUUUUUCUUGUUGGUGCCGCUUUAUAGCUUUUCGCUGUUCCUUCCUAGUAUCAUCGCCGGCAUGGGCUAUCAAAGCACCACCGCGCAGCUCUUUACGGUACCACCUAACAUGGCUGCUUUCAUCACGGUCAUUGGCACGGCAUACGCCUCCGACAAGUUGAAGAAUCGCGGUUAUUUCAUCAUAGGAGGUUGCGUGAUAGGGAUAUGCGGUUACGUUAUGUUGAUAGUGGCCACGACGAAUGCCGUGCGGUACGCCGGGACGUUCCUGGUCGCGAUCGGUGUCUUCCAGGGUUCGCCCAUGCUUAUGGGAUGGGCGUCCAACAAUCUUGCGCCUCACUAUGUCCGCGCAGUCGGAAUUGGCAUGGUAAUCAGCAUCGCUAAUUGCUCGGCCUUCAUAGGCACGUUCAUCUAUCUUCAGCGCGAUGCGCCGAAAUAUGUUCUAGGCCAUUCUUGCUGGUACCUCGGCUGGGAAAACAGAAAGCGAGAGAGAGGUGAACGGAAUGAUAGACUGCUGCGAGCGGAUGCGGAUAGACUUGGCCAUCAACACCCUAGUUUCAGAUUCACGUUGUAG